UCCUCGGUGAGCAUCUCUCUCUCCUACAACAAUGGCGAUGAUAAGUGAACCUUUGCUUAAUGCUGCUACGGAAGUAAUACUGAAGAAAGUGCUCUCGCUUGCAGGUGAAGAAAUCAGCCUAGCAUGGGGUUUCAAAGGUGACUUGAAUAGGCUAAAAAAAUCAGUAAAAAUGAUUCAGGCUGUGUUAGCCGACACCGAAAGGCUACAAUCCACCGAAGAGUCCGUUAGGAUUUGGCUUGAGAAUCUUAAAGAUUUAGCUCAUGAAGCCGAUGAUGUCUUGGAUGAGAUUGCCUAUGAAAUUCUCCGACGUAAGGUGGAGAUCCGAAAUGACAUGAGGAGAAAGGUACGUUUCUUCUUUUUGACUUCCAAUCCGGUUGCGUUCCGUCUCGAAAUGGCUCAUAAAAUCAAGAACAUCAAUUCAUCCUUGGAUAAGAUCAACAAAGAAGCAAUUGAUUUUGGUCUCCAAAGGGGAGGUGCAGGAAUACUGGCUUCUCCUCAAUUUACUGUAGACCGGGAGACCGACUCAUUUCUCGACAAAUCCGAGGUUGUAGGAAGGGAAAAUGAUGCGUCAAGUAUUAUUGAAAUGUUAACUUACCCGAGAAAUCAAGAGGUUGUCUCCGUGAUUCCCAUUGUGGGAAUGCCUGGUGUUGGAAAGACAACUUUGGCUAAAUUGAUCUACAAUGAUGAACAUAUAAAGAGACAUUUCGAUGUGAGAAUUUGGGUGUCUGUAUCCGAUUAUUUUGAUGUCAAAAGGCUUUUGAAAGAGAUCCUAGAAUCUCAAACAAAAAGGAAGUGUGAGGUGGACACUAAGAACGCAAUUCUUGAAGGCCUUCAGGAAGAGCUAGAAGGAAAAAAAUAUCUGCUCAUACUUGAUGACAUGUGGAAUGAUGAUCAUAAUAAGUGGGACGAUUUUAAGUCUUGUUUGGUAAGGGUUAAUAUAGCCAAUGGGAAUAACAUUUUGGUUACUACACGCAGUGUUCAAGUGGCAUCAAUUGUGGAGACACUCACAAGGCAUUAUGUGGAAAGAUUAUCAUCAGAAGAUUGUUGGUCCAUAUUUAGAGAAAAGGCGUUUGCAAACGGAGGAGCUCCAAUGACUCCAGAUUUGGUGGCCAUAGGAAGGAUGAUUGCAGAAAAAUGUAAUGGCUUGCCAUUAGCAGCAAAGGUAGCUGGGAGUAUGAUGAGUUCCAAGAAGGAAAAACAUGAGUGGUGGGAAAUUUCAAAUGGAGUUAGGAGUUUAGUUGGAGAUGAAAAAGGAGUUCUUACAAUACUUAAGUUGAGUUUUGAUCAUUUGUCGUCAGCAUCUUUAAAACAAUGUUUUGCAUAUUGUUCAAUAUUCACCAAGAAUCUCCGCAUAGAAAAGGAACAACUAAUUCAAAUAUGGAUGGCUUAUGGAUUUCUUCAACCAAAUGAAGGAAGCAACAUGUCAAUGGAGGAUAUAGGUAAUCAGCAUUUUAGAAAUUUGUUACAGAAUUCCUUUUUUCAAGAUAUUGAGAAGGGUGAUUAUGAUAAUGUUAAAUAUUGUAAAAUGCAUGAUUUGGUGCAUGAUCUUGCAAGAUCAAUUUCGUUGUCUGAGUGCUUUACUCUUGAGGCUAAUACCAGAAUUGAAAUUCCUCCUGUUCGCCAUUUAGCACUCUAUACAGAUACAGACAUAAUUGGUACAAUUCAGCAAGGCAGUGCUAAAAGGUUGCAGACAUUAUUCUCAAGGAGAAUUAUACCUAACAACAUGUUUUUGAACUUCACAUGUUUGCGUGUCUUGUGUUUCCAUGGGGCUGAUAUUGCAGAGUUGCCAUCUUCAAUAAGCAAGUUGAUACAUUUGAGGUAUCUCGACUUGUCAGAGACUUCCAUCGAAGUUCUGCCAAAAACUAUUACCAAGCUCUACAAUUUGCAAACAUUAAGAGUCCAAGGAUGCAACUACCUUAACUUGUUCCCUAAAGAACUUACAAAUUUGAUUAGCCUAAGACAUCUCUAUUUUGAUGACACUUGCGAGAUGCCAAUGGAGAUGGGGCAGUUAACUUGUCUACAAACUAUACCAUUCUUUUGCGUUGGUAAAGACAAGGGUCGUCGAAUUGAAGAGCUGGGAUAUUUAGGAAAUCUCAGAGGCAAGCUGGUGAUAAGCAAUCUUGAACAAGUAAGUGGUAGAGAGGAAGCCCAAAAAGCAGAUUUAUCUGGAAAGGAAAAUAUAUACAAGUUGAAACUUUUAUGGGGAUCUACUUGGCGAGGUAAUAUCAGUGCUGAGGAUGUCUUGAAAGGCCUCCAACCUUCUCCAAACUUAAAGGUCUUAAAGAUCUAUAACUUUGUGGGUCGUAAGUUGCCAUCAUGGGUGAUAACGAUGGCUGUGCGUAUUAAUGGAAAUGGUUCCUUGUUGCCACUCAACAAUUUGGUGAAGAUCAAGUUGCAAGACUGCUGUAAUUGUGAACAAAUACCGAUGCUCGGCCAACUACCACUUCUGCGAGAUCUUGAGUUGCGAGGAAUGGAUGGUGUACAUUGCAUAGGUGAGUCAUUCUACGGCCGUGAUUGUAAAAUGUUGGACGCCAGUCAUCGUGGUGAAGUGACAAAGGCAUUGUUUCCUGCUUUGAGAAGAUUAACACUGCUUGAUAUGCCAAACCUAACGGAAUGGAUGGAAGUAGCAGAAUCAAGCGUGGUGCAAAUAUUUCCUUGCCUUGAAGUGUUGACAAUUCAUAUGUGCCCUAAUCUAAAGUUCAUUCCGAGCAUACAAGGCCUCACAGCCCUUCGAAAUUUGGAGCUUCUAAGGUGUAAGGGGUUAACAUGUCUGCCAAGUGGGCUACGAUCCUGCACCUCUCUUGAGACAUUUGUGGUGGAUGAUUGCCCAAAUCUCGUCUCCUUUCCAGAUAUACAAACACUGCGUUCUCUCUCUCGGUUACAAAUUUCUUCUUGUCUAAAAUUGACUUAUUUGCCAGAUUCUCUCCACAGGCUUUCGUCUCUUGAGAAUUUGACUAUAAAAAAUUGCCCUAAUCUCAAGUCUAUUCCGAGCAUACAAGGUCUCACAAACCUUCGAUAUCUAGAAAUGGGGGUCUGCGAUGGACUAACAUGCCUACCAAGUGGGCUAGAAUCUUGCAUAUCUCUCGACACCUUGAGAGUGAAAUAUUGUCGUACUCUCAUCUUCUUUCCAAAUAUACAAACUCUGUGUUCUCUCUCUCGUUUAGAAAUUUUUUCUUGUCUGAAAUUGCCUUGUUUGCUAGAUUGUCUCCACAAGCUUUCGUCUCUUGAGAAUUUGACUAUAGUAAAUUGCCCUUACCUCAAGUCCAUUCCAAGCAUACAAGGACUGAGAACCCUUCGAUAUCUUGAAAUUGGGGUGUGCGAUGGAUUAAGAUACCUACCAUGUGGACUAGAAUCUUGCACAUCUCUCGAUACCUUGAGAGUGAGAUAUUGCCAUAAUCUCAUCUACUUCCCAGACAUACAAACGUUGCAUUCUCUUUCUCGUUUAAACAUCAUUUCUUGUUCGAAAUUGAUUUGUUUGCCAGAUGGUCUCCAAAGGCUUUCAUCUCUCGAGAAUUUACUUAUACAAGAUUGCCCAAAUCUCAAGUCCAUUCCAAGCAUACAAGGCCUCACAACCCUUCGAGAUUUGCAACUUACAGGGUGUGAUGGGUUAACUUGCUUGCCAAGUGGGCUACAAUCCUGCACAUCCCUUCACACCUUGAGGGUGGAAUCUUGCCCUAAUCUCAGCUCCUUUCCGGAUAUAAGAACAUUGUGUUCUCUAUCUCGAUUAGACAUUAUUUCUUGUUCGAAGUUGACUUGUUUGCCAGAUGGUCUUGACACUCUUCCAUCUCUUCAAACGUUCCAUGUCGAGGGUUGCACACUUCUCUAGUUUUCCAAGCAGGGAAGACCUGGGAUCCAUUCGAACUUUGAUUAUAUUACCCGUAGUUGGUUCUUAACAUGUUUGGCAAGUGGGCUACAAUCCUUCUUUCCAGGUGUUCCUUUCUCAUGUACCACUUCGAGUCCUAGUGAUGCAAACAAAUAAGACGGCAUUCAGACUGGGCGAUUUUAUCUUGAUUGGAGAAUAUUUCUUGUCUUGAAGAAUUACAUCUCUCUAUUAGUCUCUGCCGGUUUUAUUUCUGUCCUCUAUCAAAGGCAUAUGCCGAGGGGAUUGGCAGUGAGUGGCCCGACAUUGCCCAGAUGAAAAUUUUGAUCAAUUUCAACCUUCUUGAACAUUGUCCAUUAAAGUCUCUAAAAGUGGUUCACAGUGGCACAGGGUUCAAUCGCUCAAGUAAGCAGAACUGUGUUUCUUUUGUCUUAAUUAAGAACAAUGUUAUAGGAUCUAAUUUGGGGACCUAUUGUUUCUUUUUUUCAAAUCAAUAAAACACUUAUGAUAUAUUAAUA